AUGUCGAGGACUGUGUCGGCGACGCCGCAGUACCGAAGGGGUCGGCAGCACCGUCGUGGGGAGCAGCCUGUCGAUAUUGAACAGCCAUCGCUGAAUGAGCUCGCUGCAACGAGUGGCAGACGUCGGGUUGCGGUCGAUGACGGUCGCGAAGAGCAUGACGGGCACCCAGGAGAGGAGCAGCCCGAGGGCGAGCGAGUGGGCGGUGGUGUUGUCGCCCAGCGUAGCAAACGAGAUGACUAUCGAAAAUGCAAACGCCAUCCCGAACCAGCCGAUGCUGAUAAAGAUAGGAUAAACCCCUUUGCGCCUCUGAAGGCGCAGUUGGAAUGCGAGGUGUUGGUUGAGGUUGGCCAGAAGCUUGCUUUGUCUUGUCGAGAUCAAACCAGGCUUGAAAUAAGGGUACAAAAUGCCCUUGAGAAGGGCCGAGUCUCGACGCAAGUCGCGGCCGGCUUGCUCAUGUCGAGGGUACUCGUACUGGUUGAUGCAGCUGAGGAUGUAGAGGGCAUCACGUAUCUUAUCUCUAUCCUCCUCAAGUGUGAAUAG